CUGAAUGGGCGAUGUCUGGGCGGUCCCUGCAACACACAAGGCAGAGAGAGGCUCACAGAAGGGAUCAUGCCGAGAUCGGGUGUUGUAAGCUCGCAGAUCUGGCAAGGGUGCUCCCUCACCGGUCUCUCUGCCACAAGGCUCGGCGUGAUGGCUGCGGCUGGCGGCGCUGAUCAUGAUCAUCUGCACUGCGGGAUCUGCACCAGUCACUUGACAAGAAGUGGAAAGCACGAACCUCGGCAGCUCAGAUGCGGUGAGUGAGUCAAGCAUUGGGCGGGGAGAGGGCACGGAGCGCUGAGUGGCUCAUGUGGUCUGCUUGCUCUGUGUGUUUUCCCGCAGGCCAUUCUUUCUGCGCAGAUGUAAGAAGCAGAGAGGCAGCUGCUGUUGCAGCCUCAGAUCUGAUGUCUGUAUGAUGUGUGUGUGUGUCAGUGUAUCGGUGACCUCUGCCGUCAUGCCGCCAACAACACCAUCGCAUGCCCAAACCGAUGCGGGUGAGGGAGACCGACACGCCUGAUGCCCAAACCAGUCAUCACAUGUGUUCUGGGUUUUUGUUGAUCACUCUCAGGGUGACCACUUCUGCCACCACCGAGGAGGUGCCCAAGAACUACCCCCUGGCGGCCGCAGUCGAGGCGAAAGAACACCAAAGUACACACAGACAUCCGCACGCGCACAUACACGUGACACACGUACGACAGACUGCAUGUGUGUGUGUGUAGGCCGUCAGCAGUUGGCUCUUCUCCACAAGUGCGCCACCGCUGCCCACUCAUUGACACCGCCGGAGGUGGCGCAGGUGAUGCUGAUGUGCGGCCUCUCACACGCGAUGGACACUCUGCCGAACAUGCGCAGUCGUCUGCACGGCCACCUGACGGUAAGUGAGACCGACACACUCACACACGCCAUCGAUCAGCUGUAUCUCCCCGUCUGUGUGUGGUCUGCAGUCGUUGGUUGAGGGCAGUACGGUCACCAGGCUGCACGAAAUGUUUAUCACCAAGUGGGCCAAUGCGGGCAGCAAGUCACUCCGGCUGAUCUACCGGUACAGCUGAUGUCAACAACGUGGCCGACGGAUGAAGCCAUUGCAUCUCUCUGCAUGUGUGUGUGCCAUUAGAUCAACGCGUGAUGGGCCGUCGUUCGAUGAUUUCCUGAGGUGUGUGGGUGACACGAAGGGCCUGGUGUUUCUCAUCCGCAAGGACAAGUGCGUCUUCGGCGCCUUCAUCAGUGCCGGCCUGCAGCUGCCCGACAACCCAAGAGGCGAGAACAGAUGCGACUGCAAUGUGUGUCAUUUCUCUCUGGCGGGCCACUUUAAUGAACCGACCAAGUGGCGGGAAUGCAGGCAGUCAGUGUGGGUGGCCGGGCGGGAGGGGACAGCGAUUGGGGCGAAUCUGUGGAUCGGUGGGUGGCUGUGGUUGGGCUACGAGGAUGGCGCUGCUGCUGAUAUGCGCAGCUGCUGUUAUCUCACCCCCAGCCGUUAUGUGCCUGAUGGCUAUGUGGGGGCGAGAGAGCAUGGCGAUGCUGUGCUUGGGGGCAGUCAGUUCUUCAUGGCCGAUGAGGUGGAGGUGCUGACUGUGGUGUGACAGUGAGCUGCAGGUCAGAUUGAUUGAUUGAUUGAGUGACGCAUGUCGUUUCUUGAGGUGUGUGCGGCUUUUAUGAGGCCUCUUUUUCUCCCUCCGUGUCUGUCUGCGUCAUCUAUGUGUUGUGGUGCAGCCAAACAGUGGAUGACACUGUGUGUCAGUGAGACACCUAUCAGACGAGAGCCACAUGGUGUGGGUCUGUUUGUACUUCGAUCAUGGCCUAUAUAGCCCCAAUGUCCCGGAGGUGUCGUUCUCUGUGUGUUGUUUGCAGAUCAGCCUCUGCUCGUAUCUGUGUCUGUGCGUUGGUGUGUCUGAUGCGGUGUCGCCUUUAGCAGUGGCCAGCCAGGAUGCGACUCAGGCAUGACUGUCUAUGUGAAGUAGUGCAAGUAUGUGUGUCUGCUCCUGUGCACUCAAAGACCUGACGACCGACUCGUGUGUCUGUCAUGAAUUAUCG